UGCCCCCUCCACCAUCUGGCCAGCCCUUCAAUGCUCAGCCAAUCAAAAAACGACAAAAUAAUAGUGGUAAUAAUAGCAGUGAGAACUCUGUCGAUGAUGAAAAGAGUUUGGCAAAUUUUGUUGUUAAAGUUGUCAUCCCGACCGAAAAGAUGUUGUUGUGCAUAAUUCAUCGGAUGGUCGAGUUUGUCGUUCGCGAGGGGCCUAUGUUUGAGGCCAUGAUCAUGAAUAGGGAGAUCCAGAAUCCUAUGUUUAGGUUCUUAUUUGAAAACCAAAGCCCUGCGCAUAUAUAUUAUAGAUGGAAGUUGUUUUCAAUAUUGCAGGGUGACUCGCCAUACUCGUGGAGGUCAGAUGAUUUUUACAUGUUUGAAGGUGGCUCUGUCUGGAGACCACCAAAGAUGAAUCCAUUUACGCAGGGCAUGCCGGACGAAUUAGUGGUAGACAUCCCGUUGAAAUCAAGCAGUAACGACAGCCACAAAAUAUCCACCGCCGAAUCGUCAGCCCUUGAGGACGCCAAGAAAUCCACCCUUAGUGACGGACAGCGUGAUAAACUGGAGGACAUGUUGCGUGACCUCACGCCCGAAAGGUCAAAGGUCGCGGAUUGUAUGGUCUGGUGUCUCAACCAUGCUGAGAACGCAGAGGAAAUUGUGGACUGCAUUGCUGAGUCCAUGUCUAUUCUUGAGACGCCGAUACCAAAAAAGACAGCCAGGCUCUUCCUGAUAUCUGACUUGUUGCACAACAGCAGUGCACGCGUUGCACAUGCAUCAUAUUUUCGCCGACAUUUUGAGCAGAAGUUGCCCGAUAUCUUCAAAGAUAUACAUGACGCGCAUGAGAAAAUUGAUGCCAGGCUGAAGGCUGAGCAGUUUAAACAAAAAGUGAUGUCCUGUUUCAGGGCCUGGGAAGAUUGGGCCGUCUACACGGGGGACUUCCUCAUCAAACUGCAAAACAUCUUCCUCGGUCUUGUACUACCUAAGGGGCCAAAGGUCAAGGUCAGUUGGGGCGCGUUGAUUUCUUUUGGUAGUAAGAAUAACUCUCUUUUUUUUCUUGUUUUCUUUUGA